AUGUAUAUUGACAUGGAGCAACAACCAUUAUUCGACCAGGAGUGUCUACAAGAAGUUUGCAAUCAACAAUACUGCUCAUCGACAUGUAUACCAAAAUCCAAACCUGUAAAGAUUCGAAAAUACAAAGCCAACAUUGCAACAAGAGAGAAAAGCAAGAGGCAAAGGGGGAUCUCCGAAUUAGCUAGAGCCCAGCAUUUAAAACACCCAUUGGAUGAUACUUUUAAAGUGAUUAAUGACGACGAGGAUAAUUGUUCAGAGGAUGAUUACGAUUCACUAGACGAUAUCUCAUACUCAUCUUGCUCGUCAGCGUCAGACAAUUUUAAAGACCAUCAGUUAUUUCCAAACUAUUCCUACGGUUCAUCAUCACCUCGUACCAACUCUUAUGUCGAUAAUAGUAUAGCCAGCUGCAGAUCAGGCAUUUCACUACUUUCAUUAAAUGGCACCACAUUUUCUCCGUCGUCUUUAGCCAGUACCCCAUCUACAACCACUGCGUUCUUAACCACCACAGCCACACCUACUUCCCCUUUAGAGUCCAUAGAAGGUACUGGUCCUAAAGCUACUACACCAUAUCUUGCACCUAGUUCAUCGCCACUCUCAACAUCUGUUUCCCUUGAAGGAACAAAUACUCCGAAGACAACCAAGUCCCUCAAACUUCAUAGGACUACAUCUACUGAAUGCUUGAACAAAGUGCUCCUCAAGUACAAACUGAAGCAAUCACUAUACUCCAACCUCACAGUGUCACUAAAAUCUUUAAGAGAUAGACUUGUCACAACGAGCUUGUCUGAUAUUGACAUGUCUCCUUCAAUCUUGGAUGUUUCUCCUUCAACUGUAAUUGAUGAACCAAUUUCACCGCAUAUAAUCACAGAUGAGCUUCCAUCGCAGGAAUUGAUUACGUUUUUUGAAGCCAAACAUGACCAUGAUACCAUCCAAGAAUACACCAAAUCUCCAUUCAAAAACAGAGACCAUCGCAUCAACUCCCAGUUCCUCAGAUUAUAUGCUUAUGACUACAAUGCACGUAUGAAUUCACGAUCGCUUCCUAAUUCGCUUUCACAAGAAGAAUUGGUUAGUAUUAUCAUGGAUAGGCCGCACUUGAAACCAUUUCAUAAGAAGCACAACAUUUAUCACAUUUCCAACCUAUCAAGAGAGAAACUUUGGAACUCGGUAGUUCUCAAACCUAGACUCGAUAAAUCGCCACAGCAAAAUAUCGACUAUGAAGAUUACAUAUGUACUGAUAAUGAUAAUAAACUUACUUAUGCUUCGAUAACACGAAAACAUGGUAAGUAUUUACCAUGGGAUUUGAAGCCUAGUAUUAAACCAGCAGGGGUUUUGCCUGGCGGUAAAUGGGAAUUCAAUGGUCAAGCUCCCAAUCUGGGGAUCAGCAAGACACAAUUUACAGUUAAAGGUUGGUGUAAUAGCAGAUGGGUUGCAAAGACACAAGGCUAG